AUGCCGGCUUCACCCACCAAGAUGAACAGAGCCCAGCAAGAGGAAUGGCUCGACCGACAAUGGGGAGGCAAGUCUUGGCUCAUCGAAGAGGUUCGCAGCGUACAUGAACGACCCCCCAAGCAGAACGAACUCGCGGGUGUUGCGGUUGACUACCUGGUGAAGAUCACUAGACUGGCUCAGGACAAAGGCAUCGAGUUGGCAUCCUUAUGGAGCCAGGCACCGCCUUAUAAUGUCCUUUGGACGGGUGUUAGGCUGCAUUCCAGCUCCCUUCGAUUAACUGGCGAGGUUGCGAGGGCUGCCCUCAGCAAUUUGAAAACAAUCAUCAAUUCUCAGAAUGCUCAAGACGCUGGCGGUCCAUCAGAGAUCGUCAUUAUGGAGUCCCGAGAGACUGGGCCCGAGGCCUGUGUGCACGUCACGAGUGACCAUGCUGAAAGCGACAGCAGCGAUAACGAGGAUAUUGAGCCCGUUCUCAAGGCCACGCCAAGCCCUAGCAUCAUCUUGGGCGGUUCCCCUAAAUCGCCAGCCAAAUUGUCUGGCAACAACGACAAACACAGCUCUUUGUUCUCUACUUUCAAACAUCAAGAGCCCCAAGAGCAGAAACCUGCUCCUCAAGCAUCACGCGCUCCUUUAACUCCGGGGGCUUCCUCUCUACCCCCACAAAUGAACAUUUCUGGUCACUUCAACUCAGCGUCGCCCGUCACUCCGGUCAAGCGUAAAAGGGAGAAAUACUCCAGUGCAGUAACCCCACAGCGAGUCAUGAAACGUGCCGAAAACUAUAUGGGCGAGGGGAGGGUUAGCGAAGCGACUGCCAUUUACGAGCAGCUCGUCAACAAUGUGAAACUUAAAGAUGCUACCCUUAGCUUCCUUACAACGGCUACCAUUGCAUGGUAUGCACCGGAGCAAGAUAAGAUCAAGGUUCUCGACCCUCUUUGGUUCAAGGUUGAUGGCACGACGACUUGCCACAGCAUCAAGCUGGAGAAGUACAACAAACUUUGCUUCAGUAUCCACCAUUUGAAGCCGAAGCACUGGACCUUGGCUGUUGUUGACAUCGACGAUGAAGCGAAGUCCAUGGUAUUCAAUCACCAUGACUCGACCCUGUGCCAAGAUCGCUUCGAUGCUGUUUGCGUCAGUUUCCAAAAGUGGAAGGAAACCGUCGCAUUCGAAUAUAAGCUGGGAUUCAACAACGUCACACCUUGUACUCCACAGCAGGAUGACAUCAGCUGUGGAAUCCACGUCCUCUCCUGCCUGCGACACGUCCUGACAGACAAGCCCUGCCCCCCAUUCCUGGACCCCCGUGAAGAGCGCAAAUCCUUCAUCCGACAGAUCAAGGAAUCCGAAGAAGGCGAUUAUCCUCUACGAGAGGUCAAAAAGGUCAUCGAAAAACAAGAACAGAAAUUGCUUUUGGAAGCGAUUCGAAAAGAGACGCCCGAGAAGCUUGAGAGAGACAGACAACUUGCGGCCAUUGCCAUGGAUCACGCCCGUGAUCACCUGAAGGAUGCUCAGGCCACGCUGAACCACCAUCGAAUCGAACAGGAUACUCUGGCUAAGGCAUUGAAUCGCCUGGACGCUGCUGUUGAGACUAAAGUCGAACAUGCUCCUCAUUUGAGCCUCGAACCCUUGGACCGUCUGCGAGGUGAGAGCCAGCAAGAGCUUUCCGCCCACAUGAGUCGAUUUGCCAAAACGCUUAUUGAUCAGAGCUUUGCCAAUGGGUCCGAGAUAGGCAGAAAGGUGCUCCAGGGACAUUUUGGCGAGAUCACCGAGAAAUUGGAACAAGCCGAGAAGAAUGUCACUCAGAAACAAGAGGAGCUUGAUGAGGCAACAAAGCUUGUGGAGCUUCAGACUCAGAUGCGGGACCUGAAGAAGAAUAUGAACAACAUCUUGAACCAGAAUGGGACUUUUCUUACUUGGAACAGCUGGCUUGGGCGGGCUUCGAAUUAGCUUCUCGAACGCUGAAGUUGGAAUGGAGGGAAAUCUGACAGAUGGCCAUGGGAGAGGUGUGAACAAGAAACGAAAAGCAGACAUGGCAUGUAAUUAGACUGAGAUUAUA